AUGGUAUUGCAUGAAGUCGAGCAGAUGGAUUGCGCGGCGAUCAGUAUGCAGAUCAACAAGGUCACUGUUGGGCGACAGAGAAAAGAUGACGUCUACCCACAUACUGGGAAGGACGAUCUCAUGGUGGCUGAGAUACUCAGAAGGCUUGUAGGCGCCGCCUGGGAGGCUCUUUGUGCCAGGGAACAGCCGUCCACAUGGGCGCUAAGCGCCGCCUAG